AUGCUGAUGAGAAGAAAAGAGAUCUGGAUUGUAAUUGCCUUCACACCCACGGAAACCGAAAUCAAUGUGCUGAUGUCUAAAAUACCCGGCCAGCAGGUGGUCAUUGUAGAAGUCGACGCAAAUGCAAAGAUUGGACUCGAAAAACAGUCCGAUGUUUUAGGAAAAUGGCAUUAUCUAGCGGAACGCAGGUCGCACAACGGUGACCGUCUGGUUGACUUGUGCGAACAGACGGGCCUCAUCAUCGCUUCCACGUUCGAGCGGAAUCAUCGACGCCAUCAGCGCACGUGGCAGGGGUCAACCUUUCUUGAUGAGAUGAAGUCUCUCAAACCUCAACUCGACUCAGUCGGACAUCCGAAAACCAGAGCUGUUUGGAACGUUGUUUUCGACUUUGACCACCAUCUUCUCAGCUUCAUACGGCUUCACAACAGAAACCGAAAAGUUCCUCUUCAAACAAAAAUCGACAUGGCAGGUCUGAAAGACGAAGAAUGCAGAACGAAUAUUCGCCAACUUGUGUACAUUCAUGCUGGAGAACGGACCAGGAAGAAACUUUGCAAUGCUGAUUUCUUUACAAAGUGCAUCCAGGACGCUGACAUCCCUUGCAUCGCAAGGUAA